AUUGGACUUAGAGCGUUUAUCUCCCUCGCCGCCCCCAAUCUGUCGGGGUACUCCUAAGUCCUAAAUCUCUGCAAUGGAAACUGCUCUCUUCUCCCUAUCUUCUCUGUUCGCCGGCUCCGAUGGAAACUCUACUGAUGAGGAGAUUAUAGAUGCUCCGCAAAACUUCGUGGAGAGGAGGCACCAGUUUCCUGGAAUGGAAUUGCUCAUCCGAGAAUUUGAUUUUCACGAGUUGAAUGCUAAUUUACUUUGGCCUGGGACAUUUGCAUUUGCAGAGUGGCUAGUUGAACAUAGAUCCUGGUUGGAAGGGCGGAGGAUACUUGAGUUAGGCAGUGGAACUGGUGCACUGGCCAUCUUUCUACAGAAAUCAUUUAAGUUUGAUAUCACGACAUCAGACUAUGAUGACGCAGAUAUUGAGGAGAAUAUAGCCCACAAUUGCCAAGCUAAUGGAAUUUCACCUGCCCUUCCUCACAUAAGGCAUACAUGGGGAGAUGCCUUUCCAAUUCCUGGCCCACACUGGGACCUCAUAAUUGCAAGUGAUAUCUUGUUGUAUGUUAAACAGUAUCCGAAUUUGAUAAAAACACUGUCAUUUCUCCUGAGAGCUUACACACCAAAAGUUAGUCAGGCUGAUUCUCGUGAUUUUGAACAGCAAGAUUUGUCCACGCUGCCCCAACCAGCGUUUCUAAUGAGUUGGAGGCGAAGAAUUGGCAAAGAAGAUGAGUCACUCUUUUUUGAUGGUUGCGAAAAAGCUGGUCUCAAAGUAAACCAUUUGGGAUCCCGCGUCUAUUGCAUUAAGCCUAAAGAAACAGGUGAUGAAUGAGGUUAUUAGCCACUUCACAGCAUUAGACUUAAAUGAAUUCAGUUUUGUUUUGUGCUAAAGGAUGAAGUGAUCAUUAAUGUUUCUUACAAAUACUUAAAUGAAUUCAGUUUUGUCAUUCUUUCAGCC